AUGCUGAAACAGUCACUGGUCGGCGUUUGUUCCACCCUCCCCCAGUCCUGCCCUGCCCAGUCACCGGUUGGCCUGACAGAGGUUGAGGCGAUGCAGAUUUUUGACGAGGCGGACCGCAUGGACGUGGAAGUGGGUGACCGCAUUGUUGUCAUUGACGGCCGGCCGGAGAACUUUUGGUGGCGGGGGCAGAACUUGCGCACAGGCGAGAUCGGUUCUUUUCCGCGCGAGAUUGUCAAACUGCGACGGAAGCUGUCACCUCAAGACAUCAGCUGUCCCAUUUCCGGCUCCUUUGUCCAUGUCGGCCACUUUGGCAUCGACGGUCAACAGUGGGGGCACCUGGAUCACAUUGAUCCGUAA